AGUAGGUGGCGGUAUGCACCAAUAACGUUUGUUCCAACCGCCAUAAAUACAUAGACGAAUAAGAAAAUGACGUAAUAUUCAGUCACCUACACCUUUGGAAGUUAACAGGUCGAAAUAUUUAAGGCAGGUACCAGGACUGCUAACUCGUUAGCCUGCUACGCUAAGCCAGCGGCCAGCUCCGAGCCCGGCGGGGUUGACAAUGCUAUCUCGAAUGCUACUGUCGCUGCUCAACAACCUCCACGUUGUUGAGAAGCUUGCGGAAUCUCGCCCGAUCCGCAGAGCAGCACAAAUUACAGCAUACGCCAUCACAAAGGCUCAGAUAGCCGGCAAGGACGCAUCGCAGCGAGUCCUGCGGUCCCAGACGCUGCGACAAGUCCGGGAAGAGGCUGGGAAGGUGCCCGGGGACGUGGAGGACGUCGGCAGGCGACUCAGGAAGGUCCGAGAGACAUUUGUGAAGGAAGUGAAGAUUGGCUGGAAAGAUGGAACCCGUCAGAUUAAGAAAUGAGAUCAACUUCACCAGAUUGCCUCUGGAGAGAAUCUACAAUGAUAAACACUGAAGUGAACUGUGGGGCAAGGAUCACUGCAAUAAGCAAGUCGCUUCCUUGGACACACAACAAUGAACAGUGAUGAAUCACAGCUAAAAACCAGGCAGGAAAUCUCGCUCAAAUUUGUAUCUUAAUUUAUUGCUAUAAAUGCCAUUUUAAAGUGCCAAGAAUGGGAUAAUGUAGAAAAAAAUGUCUCUUGGCAUUAGACCUGGGACGAUAAUAAAUAAAUGAAUUAAUCACAUAAUAAAUGAAAAGGAACUCAAUAAUUAUGCAGUAUAUUGCCAUGUGCAUUUGUCAACAAUCCACUCUACAUUUGCACGUCUGUUACAUAGAACAAGGGCACGGACGGAUUAAGCCCUUUUGUCACACAUACAGUCUUGUGACACCCCUUAUGGUCAAUAAUAAGAGCUCAGUGUUCUACAGAUAAUAUAUUAAUAUAAUUUAAAA